AUGAAGACCACACUCGCUACAUUCUUUGCAUUCUCUACCUCUCUGGUAGCAGCAAUUCCUUUCACGUCUUCUUUGAAGACAUCACCCGUCAAAGCUCGUCAAGCAUGCGAGAACACAGCAACCUCUCGAGGCUGUUGGGGAGAAUUCUCCAUCGAUACCGACUGGUAUGAGACCGUUCCGGAGACCGGAAUCACCAGAGAGUACUGGCUCUCAGCGGAAAACACUACCAUGGCCCUUGAUGGCUACAAUCGUCACCAAGUUCUCUCUUUCAAUGGAACUGUGCCGGGGCCCCUGAUUUGGGCUGACUGGGGCGACAACCUGAUCAUCCAUGUCACCAACAAUAUGGAGCACAAUGGCACCUCCAUCCACUGGCACGGGAUGAGACAAUUGGGAACUGGAGAGCAUGACGGGGUCCCAGGCGUCACCCAAUGUCCCAUUGCCCCCGGAGAAACCUACACGUACAGGUUCCAAGCCACUCAAUACGGGUCUACUUGGUAUCAUUCUCAUCUGAUCACUCAAUACGGCGAUGGACUUCAGGGACCUAUGAUCAUCAAUGGCCCAGCCACUAUGGACUAUGACGAGGACCUAGGGAUGCUUCACUUAAAUGACUGGUCUCACACUCCAGCCUCCGCACUCUGGGACACUGCCAAGCAGGGAGCAGUACCUGUCAUGGAAAAUGGUCUGAUUAACGGCACCAACACUUUCGACUGCAGCGGUUCAACCGACCCCAACUGUGUGGGCGGCGGAAAGAAAUUUGAGACAGUAUUCGAAGCAGGAAAGAAGUACAGAAUCAGACUCAUCAACGGUGCGACGGACGGACACUUCCAAUUCCACAUCGACGGGCACUCCCUCACAGUUAUCGGAAUGGAUCUCGUACCGCUUGUCCCAUACGCAGCUGACAGUGUCGUUGUCAGCAUGGGCCAGCGCUAUGAUAUCAUCGUCGAAGCUAAUGCCGCAAGUAACGAUUACUGGAUGCGCGCUGGGUGGAUAACUGCCUGCUCAUCCAACGCGAACCCAACCAACAUCACAGGAAUUGUUCGGUAUGACGCCAGUAGCACAGCGGAUCCCACUACUACUGAUACAGUCGAAGUCUCCUCGAACUGUGGAGAUGAACCCAAAGAGAAGCUGGUUCCACAUCUGGCCAUGGAUGUUGGUAACUUUACCUCUGAAGCUGUUGCCCAGGAGAAUCUAGGCGUUCUCUUUGGGGAACACUUCACUUGGACAAUCAACAGUACUUCUCUGCUCUUGGACUGGGAAAACCCAACCCUGCUUCGAAUUCACAACAACGAGUCCAUCUUUCCAACAGAGUACAAUGUGGAACCGAUUGAGAUUACUACAGCGGAUCCCACUUGGGCGGUUUAUGUCAUCCAGGACUUGACUGGAUUCGGCGUCACCCACCCCAUCCAUCUACACGGACACGACUUCUGGGUCAUCGGACAAGAUACCGGCGUCUUUGACCUUGCCACUAGCACUCUGAACCUUGUCAAUCCUCCUCGCAGAGAUGUUGCAUCGUUGCCCGGUAACGGCUAUCUCGCUAUCGCCUUCAAGAAAGAUAACCCGGGUUCUUGGUUGUUGCACUGCCACAUUGCAUGGCACGCCUCUGAAGGCCUAGCCAUGCAAUUUGUCGAGUCCGAAGGCCAGAUUGACGCCACCAUCGACGACACAUCCAUCUUGACUGAUACUUGUGCCGCCUGGACCACUUACAGUGCCACUGAGAUCUGGCCUAUGGACGAUUCCGGAAUCUGA